AAGCCCAAAGUUAUGGGCUUGAAUUUUGGGCCUUUUCCCCUUUUUCCUUCUUUUUCUUUUUUUCUCUUUUUUUUGCUGGGCUGGCCUGUUGAACUUGGGCUUUCUGGGCCUGCUGGGCUGCUGCCGAAUCUGGGCCUGCUGGCUGGCCUGCUAGAGAAAUGGGCCUGCUAUUUUUUUGCUGCUUUUUCUUUUUUUUUUCUGCUUUGUUUUUUGUUUUUUUUUCGCUGCUUUGGGCUUGACUAAUGGGCUCGCUGGGUCGGGUCUCCGGAUCGGGUCGUGUCAGAUCUGGGUCGGGUCGGUUUGACCCGACUGUUAAUUCUUUUUUUUCCCCUCUUCUCUCUUCUUUCUUCUUUCUUCUUUCUUUCUUUCUUCUCUUUUUCUUUCUUUCUUUCUUUUCCGAUCAGCCCUCCUCUUCCUCUGCUUUUGCCGACGGUGACCUGCUGCCCAGCGACGGCCGGCGGUGGCGCACACGGUGUCGGCGAUGGGGGUGCUGCGGCGGUGGGCACGGUGGCGCUGGUGCUAUGGCCGGCGGUUGCAGGUGGGCUAGGGAGGGCUAGGCCGGCCGCCACCUGUGGCUGCCAGAGGGACCAAAAUGUAAUGGCAGCAAAACUUUUGGGGUCAAAACGUAAUUUUAAGAAAGUUUAGGAGUUAAAAUGUAAUUUUUAAAAGUUUAGGGGUCAAAAUGUAAUUUAAAAAUUUUAGGGGUUUAACUGUAAUUUUGAGAAAGUUUAGGGGUCAAAAUGAAAUUUUAGAGAAGUUUAGGGGUCAAAAUGCAAAAAAUUAAAAAAAAAUUAAUUUUAAAUUUUUUUUUAACGAAAGUUAUUCCCGGACAAAAUUCAGUGAUUACAACCUAUAAAUAUGAAUACCGUAAAAUUAGAUUGCGCCAAUGUUCGUUUUCCUAAGGAUCAAAAAGUGGCGGAAGAAUUCAGUCCGGCGCCCUCUCGGUCUACCCCUAUUUCUUCUUGCCUUGCAACCCACUUAUUGAUGGACGUCAACAAUUUUAAUUCAUUUACAAACACUUCUAACACUUGAUUCUCAUGGUUUAUAUAUAAUUAGUGUUCAUUUUUACUCGUUUUA